GUCGAAUAGUUGGCAGCAUGGACGCACAACAAGGUGGCGGUGUCAAAUGGCCUGAGGAGAGCGACAAACUCUUCCUGUGUGGAAAAACCAGCUUUGCUAUGAUGGAAGUCAGAGAGACGAUUUGGUCCCCUGGCAUAGUUCCGGAAGACAACACCCAACCAUAUCUUCAAGUGAAUUUCGGCAACUUCACCCGAGUGACGGGAGUGGAAAUAGAAAAGCGCCUGUACGCAGGAUUCAGGACGAUCGAGAAUUUCACCCUCCAGAAGAGCCGCGACCUCAAGACCUUCACCGACCACGAAAACGUG